UCCACAAUGGCGGAUAACAAGGACAACGCGGCGACAAGCCAAGAACGCGCCGUAGGCAUCACAACGCUCGUUGCGCCCAAUGUGCCUGGCUUUCGAUGCACGAUCAAGUCUCGCUACACCGAUUUCCUCGUCAAUGAGAUUUCACCGGAGGGCAAAGUGCUGCAUCUCACGGACCUGAAGCCGAAACGCCUGGAGCAGGACAAGGGGAAGAAGCCUGAUGGGAAUGCUGCGGUGCGAUCCAAUGGUGUGGAAAGCGCUGGCGAUGCGAAAGUUGCAGACGAGACGUCCGCAGGCAAACGGAAGGAUCUCGUUGCAACCGCAGACGCCUCCAAACCCGUGUCCAGGCAGGAAGUCAUUGCCGCAAUCGCAGACGCCGAUAAGGAAACCAUCAAAGACAUCUUCGGCGAGGAAAAGACAAACGCAAUCCUGGCCCUCUACGCCAGCGUCCUUCAGCACCCAGAUCGCAAACCACGUGACCACCCCUUAGUCAAAUCAGAUGUCAUCCCGGACAAGGCAAAACGCACCGAAGCGCAUGUCGCCGUCCGUCGCAUCUUCUCUUCCAAACUCGAAACAGCAACAAUGCCGGAGACGCCUGGUGUGAUUUCCAUCAAAGCCGCAUCGACCAGAGGACCUAGUGGCGCGCGCGCUCCGAUAAAUGUGGACGGCAGCGGCGCUUUCCAGAAGGGCAAGAUUGGAUGGAAUGAGCUGGGUGGCGAGUACUUGCAUUUCUCGCUGUACAAGGAGAACAAAGAUACGAUGGAGGUGCUGUAUCACAUUGCUUCGAGGCUAAAGGUGCCCGUGAAAAAUUUCCAGUUUGCGGGGACCAAGGAUCGUCGGGCGGUGACGGUGCAGCGUGUGGCGAUUUUCCGGGUGCAUGCUGAAAGAAUUGCGGAGGUGAAUAAGACGGCAAGGGGGUGGAGAGUUGGAGACUUCGAGUAUAAGAAGCAUGGGUUGGAGCUGGGAGAGUUGAAGGGGAAUGAGUUUCUGUUGACGCUAAGGGACUGCAUCUUCGAUGGGGAGGAGGCCUUGGCUCACGAGCAGCGAUUGGACCUGGCGCGGAACGUGUUGGAGCAGGCGACGAAGACAUUCGCGGAGACGGGCUUCCUGAACUACUACGGCCUUCAGCGAUUUGGGUCUUUUGUCACUGGCACGCACGUCACUGGACAGAAGAUCUUGAACGGGGAUCUCGAAGGGGCCAUCAACUCCAUCCUACAUGUCCCCGAGCAUCUGCUUGAGGAGCAAUUCACCGCCGAGAUGGACGGGAAGAAGAUCCCUCAAGACGACCUUGACCGCGCGCAAGCCAUCAAGCUGUGGCGAGACGGGAAGGGGAAAGAGGCCAUGCAGAAAAUCCCGAAGAGGUUCCAGGGUGAAGCCUCCAUCAUCCAAUACUUGAGCAAGAAGGAUAAGAAGAACGGGAAGCUGAUGCAAGAGAACGACUGGCAAGGCGCGCUGACGCAGAUUCCUCGCAACUUGCGCCUCAUGUAUGUGCAUGCGUACCAGAGCUUCAUCUGGAACACCGCUGCGGGCAAGAGAUGGGAGCUGUUCGGAAAGAAAGUGGUGGAGGGAGAUCUAGUCAUCGUGGGCGAGAAGGAUGACAUGGCCGAUGCAGCCAAAGACGAAGUCGACGAAGACGGCGAGCCCAUCUUCCAUCCGGCAGAAGACGACAGCGCGCCCUCAGCGGAGGAAAAGUUCACGCGGGCGCGCCCAUUGAGCAAGGAGGAGGCGGAGAGCGGCAAAUUCGACCUCUUUGAUGUGGUCUUGCCACUUCCGGGCUAUGAUGUGAUGUACCCCGGCAACGAGCUGGGCAAAUUCUACGAAGAGUUCAUGGCUUCCGAAGCUGGUGGGAACAUCAACGCGCAUAGCAUGCGUCGCUCCUGGAAGGACAUCUCCAUGUCCGGAGCGUACAGGAAACUGAUGGCUCGGCCGGGGAAGGCGCUGUCGUUUGAAGUGAAGAGCUAUGUUGAGAACGAAGAGCAGAUGGUCGAGACGGAUUUGGAGAGGAUUCAGAAGCUUGAGGGUGGGGAGGGUGGUUCCAACGGCAAGGCUGAGCCUUCUUCGGAGGGCCCUGCGGCGGGAAUGAAGAAGAUUGCGGUCGUGUUGAAGUUGCAGUUGGGAAGCAGCCAGUAUGCGACGAUGGCGUUGAGGGAGCUGACCAAGGGGUACGCGGGGAGUUUUCAGCCAGAGUUCCUGAGCAGGUAG